AAUUGUGCGCCACAAGAUCUCUGACAAUAUCGGAGAUGGCAUACAGAACUGUUCUGCAUUCCGUCGUCGUGUUGAUGGAGCCGUGGAGCCCCGCCCACCGUUCGGCGCUCUCAGUUUCCUUGCCGGUACAGCUUCUCCGCCCAAGAGUUAGGGUUUCGACCGCCGCUCCUUUCCUUCGCUGCUCACGCAGUGAUAUUCCCUCCCCGGCCUUUCCUCAAGAUGAACAAGGCCCACCGCAGGAGGCUGUGCUCAAGGCCAUCUCCGAAGUGUCGAAAUCUGAAGGGAGAGUUGCUCAAACAACAAAUGUGAUUAUUGGAGGUACAGUUAAGGAUGAUGCUACAAAUGAAUGGCUUGCUUUAGAUCAGAAGGUAAACUCUUAUCCGACUGUUAGAGGAUUUACAGCUAUUGGAACUGGCGGUGAUGAUUUUGUCAAUGCGAUGAUUGUUGCUGUUGAAUCUGUACUUCAUGAACCAAUUCCUGAGGAUCGGGUGAGCCAUAAGCUAUCUUCAAGGGGGAAAUAUGUGUCGGUUAAUAUUGGACCUAUUCGCGUGGUCUCCAGUGAGCAGGUCCAAGCUGUGUACAAUGCUAUGAGAAGGGAUGAAAGGAUGAAAUACUUUUUAUAGAUUCAUAAUACAUUUCUAUAUCGGAAUACCUGCUUGGUUGUAAAUUCUUAACGUACUUUAGUUCAGCCAGAUUGAAAGAGGUUAUUAGAACCAAGGAUCUUUAUAAGCCAAAGGAAUGAGAAGAUAUAUCAUCAUUGGGAAUACUAUUAGUUGAUAUAAUUAUGCUAUUCAUGUUAACGCAUUUAUUCACAAAGAGGAAGAAGUAGAGGAUUAUGAAAUGCUGUUCUUUGUUUGGAUAACCCUGGGGAUUGCUCGACAGAUUUGCGAGUGAUCAUUUUCUUCA